AUGGACCAGCUAUCUGAUGAGGAGUUGGAGGUAAGAGAGGGGGAGGAAGAAGAGGACAGUGAUAAGGAAGAUCAGGAUCUAGAUAAAAUGUUUGGAGCCUGGCUGGGAGAACUGGACAAACUCACACAGAGUUUGGAUGAUGGUCGCCCCGAGCGCCCCCCUCAACGGAAGGCGCCCCUCAGACAGGAGACCAACAUGGCAAACUUUUCCUACAGAUUCUCCAUCUACAACAUCAACGAGGCAUUAAAUCAGGGGGAAAAUGUCGAUCUCGAUGCCCUUAUGGCGGACCUCAGCUCCAUUGAGCAGGAGCUCAGCACCGUCAACCCCAAACAGAACAGUAGCAUGGCACGUCUAGGACUCACUGACACUAAGGUCCGUCAGAAGCCUCCAGCUGGGCCCAGCGGCAGGCAGCAAUCAGCAGGGGGAAGCGGCGACAGUAGCAGGGGUAAUGGUGGUGGUGGCAGCAGCGGAGCAAGUAGUAGCAGCAGCAGCACUAGAGCCUCACCGGCCGGCACCAUCCGAAUUGCCACAGGGCAACAAGGAAGGCCAGGACUGGCAUCUAACUUCAGCUUGGAUGACAUCACAGCCCAGCUCGAGAAGGCGUCAAUGAGCAUGGAUGAAGCUGCCCGUCAAAGCUCCUCUCACUCGCUCGGGUCGACCUCCACGUCUGCCUCAGUACGACGCCCAGCAUCCAGUCAGCGGCAACAUCGGCGGACUGGAUCAGUUGGCACAGUCAGCGACCAUGAAGUGCGAUCUGUUAUCCACUCAUCACGCUCCUCAAUCACAUCAGCCUCAGGAACAUCUGUCAACUCUGCUUCCUCGAUGGACUCUCUCGACAACGUUCCCCAUGACGGCAGCUCUGACAACCAUUCUGCCUUACCCCCACACACAGCCAACGGCGGUGGCCAGAGUCAAAAUAGCACGGAGCACUCCUAUCUGGACAGGGAAACCUCUCUGAUUCUGAGAAACAUAGCAGGGAAACCUUCACACCUGCUGACCAAGGAGGAGCAAUCUGCAAAAUUGAAGGCGGAUAAUAUUCGAGUCGCCCUGGAGAAGAUCAAGGAGGCCCAGGUGAAAAAGCUGGUGAUUCGCGUUCAUUUGUCAGACGAGAGCUCAAAGACCAUGAUGGUUGACGAGAGGCAAACAGUAAGACAGGUUCUAGACAGUUUACUGGAGAAAUCACACUGUGGUUACAGUCCAGACUGGUCACUGGUGGAAACUAUCAAUGAACUGCAAAUGGAGCGCGUCUUUGAAGAUCAUGAGAACUUGGUGGAGAACCUGCUGAACUGGACCAGAGACAGCCAGAACCGCCUUAUGUUCACAGAACGCAUUGAGAAGUAUGCGCUGUUCAAGAACCCACAGAAUUAUUUGUUGGGGCGGAAGGAGACGUGCGAGAUGGCUGAACGGAACAAAGAAGCUCUGUUAGAGGAGUGUUUUGCUGGCAGUUCAGUAUCUGUCCCGGAGAUGGAGGGUGUGCUCUGGCUGAAGGAGGAUGGAAAAAAGUCCUGGAAGAAACGCUACUUCCUACUGAGAGCUUCCGGUAUCUACUAUGUUCCUAAAGGGAAAGCCAAGUCAUCUAGAGAGCUGGCAUGUUUUCUCCAGUUGGACCAUGUUAAUGUCUACCAUGGCCAAGAUUUCAAGAGCAAGUACAAAGCUCCUACUGACUUCUGUAUGGUGCUCAAGCACCCUCAAAUCCAGAAGAAGUCUCAGUACAUCAAAUAUAUCUGCUGCGAUGACGUCAGAACACUCCAACAAUGGGUCAACAGCAUUCGUAUCGCUAAGUAUGGAAAGCAGCUUUACAUCAACUUUCAGGAGGCCAUGAGAAGGACAGAGGCCGCCUAUGACUGGUCCUCACUAUCUUCCUCCUCCAUUAAGUCAGGCUCUUCCUCCUCUAGUCUUCCAGAGUCUCAGUCCAACCACUCCGGCCAAUCAGACAGUGGCGUGUCGGACCUGAUGUCGUCAAGCCAAGCCCGCUCCCAGAGUGUUGUAAGCUCCAUCUUCUCUGACGCAUGGAGGAGGGGAACGCAAGGAGAGAUGAUGAAGAUGGAUGUCAUCAGUAGGCCCAUCCCUGUGCAGAUCCCCACCGUCUCCUCGCAGCACACUCCGCUUUCCCAAUCCCCGGCCUCUCGAAGCAGCUACACCGAUGGGAUGGCCGUCCCCGACAACUCUUCGCCUUUACCCGCCGUGGAAAGCGAGGCUCACCAGGCAGCCGCCUAUGUCAAGUACAGCACACUGGCUCGGCUGCAAAACCAGAACCAGUUAAGAGCGCAGCCGGCCGUCGCCGCCGCGCCACCCAGCUACAACACUCUCCCAGCCACUUACGGUGGCAUGCCCCCGCCGCCACCCGCCACCCCACCACCUCUGCCGCCUGCAGAACCGGUUCCUGGCCCCGCAGUGGCCGUGCUGAAAUUUGGUCUACCCGGUUCCGCAGGUGCAACUCCUCCGCCAUUGGAAAAUGAGUUGCACGAACCGUCGUACCUGCCACCGCCACCGCCGGAGAUCCUGGAAAACACCGAGUUGCCUCCGCCCUUCGACUCCAAAGGAGAUCAACGUGUUCAACUCACAAACGCUGGCCUCCAGGAGUUCCUUGCGCAGAAGUUUCCCAACAUGGUCUAUGACUUCACCCCAGCCAUGUGUGAGGAUUCCUCCCGACCGCCGCCCGGAGCUGAGUUCUCUCCCCCGGCAUCCCUGCGACCCUUGUCCCCUAACGCCCCGCCUCCUGCUCCACCCAAAACCUUCACUGGUGGCUUUCCUCCACAAACUGCUCGAAAACCUGCGGGUCCCUCCUCCCUCCCGCUUGCGCUAUCACCCGUGUCGCCUACACCGCUAGCUAGCAGCCACGCACCAGUAAAGAAACAGCAGAGUUUCUCAACAGGCCACUCCCCCAAUCAGCCGCCUCCCACUCUCCCCAAGCAGCACAGCCUCUCGUCCAAAAACCUCGUCCUCUCCCCUCCCUCCUCGACUCCCUCGGUCUCCGUGGCUACUUCCUCAUUGGUCAAGCAGAUUGUCAAUCAGUUCCCAGGAAAUGCUGCUGCUGCUUCCCCGCCUCUUGCCUCCUCAAACUCCACGGAAGGAUCAAAGUUCAAUGCACCUCAGUCCCCACCGGCAGUCAAGGCGAAACCAAAAUGGCCGCCAGGAGGCUCUGCUGCUCUCCAGUCCCCUGAGUUCCCGCCACCGCCUCCUGACGGCUCCCUGACGGAAUUCCCGCCUCCGCCUUCUUCUAAGACAGCCUCCCCCAUUAAAAAGUCUCCUUCGACUUCAUCCGCCGGUUCCGGCAAACGGGGUCCUCCGCCGACCCCGCAGAGAGCUUCAUCAGUGCGCUCUAACUCAGGCGAGGCGCCGGACGAAAGGCCCAUGAAAGUCGAGAGCCUGGUCAGCAAGUUCGGACAAGCGCCCCAAACUGCCACAUCUUCAAGCUCCUCAUCGGCGACCGGCUCGCCCUGUAAGGAGUCCGCGCUUCCUACGCCGCUUCCCAAACCGGGAAAGCUAAACCUGGCCAACCUCCCGUUAGCGCUGCAGGGUCUUCAAAUGGGCCAACACCAGCAGUCGUCUUCGGACUUCCCUUCGCCUCCACCCCCUCCGCCACUGUCCCAACCUCAGCACCUGGAGUCAUCCCCUGACUAUUUCCCGCCCCCACCAAGUGACUAUGAGCUCUUUCCUCCCCCUCCCCACAUGUCCGAGUUCCAUCACCCACCCAAGGUGGCGGUGGUCAACCCCCAGCCCCAGCAGCAGCAGCAGGCGCCGGCGCCUCUGUCUUCGUGGAAGCAAAGUUCCCUGAAAAAGGGACCGGUGGCCCCGCCGAACCGUCGGUCAAGCAACCCGAGCCCUUACGAAACGACGACGUCGCUACCGCUCUCGCCGCCGCCCCUUUCUCAGACCCCGCCGCCCACCAUGUCUCCCUACUCUUCCUCCCCCGUGCCGCCUACAUCCCCCAAAUCCGCAGGACCGAGCACCCUGGCGCUAAAAACUCACUUCCUGGAGGACCUGAACCGCACUUUGAAGAGGAAGUCAGUUUCCCGUCACGGUUCGCUCACCUCUUCUCACCUCAUUCCCUCGUCCAAGAUGGAGCCCGUGGCCACCAUGGACGACAUGGCGCUUCUCCCGCCCCCGCCGCCCGAGCUUCUGCAACAGCAGCAGGCGGCCCGCGGGCACACGCAAACGCUGUCCCGCCACCACGCACACUCCCAGUCCGCUAAAAACAGCACCAACAUCUCAGGCUAUGCAACGCUGCGGCGAGGACCGCCUCCGGCACCUCCCAAACGGGACCAAAGCACCAAACUGACCAGCGAGUGGUAG